AUGGAAAGUUCUCAAACUACCUGCACAGAUUUACCAAUAAAAGUACCCCUCUUUGUGCCAUUUGCAGCCAGACAGGCAACUCUGACCGCCAUCUAUUUAGCUGUAUCUCCCUUCAGACCAAAAGACAUGCCAUCAAAUUUGUUACCUAAGUUGAAGUUUUUGUGCCUCAACAAGGCCAUUAGAAUUGCAAGACGAUGUUUUUAUGGAAUACUGCGUGGUAUCAUAAAAUUAGAAAAUGAUCUAUAUGAAGAAGACCAAGCUAUUCUGGAAGAGGUUAACAGUAGACUAAUCGCUUUAGAACAUUCUUUGGAAAAGAGAUUGAAACGGACAUACAUUAAAAAGCCAAAAUGGCUGUUUAGAUGCCAGAAUAUUAAACCACGAGUGAAAAAAGAAGCAUUUUUAACAACUUGGGAUAACAUCGUUCCUCCCCAAUGCUUGAUAAACGCCUUGGAAUACGGCCCUUCCUUUGCACUGACACCACCGUUGCGUCCAGAAAGCCUCAUACCGAACUUUGAGAUACUCAUAAAGAAUAUGAGCUUGACUGAGCAGGAUUACUGCAGAUGGAAAACAAGAUUAUAUGCCGAAAAGGAGAGGUAUUCUAACAAAACAGCUUUACUAUUCCAAAGGCACAUUAAACAAACGAAAGAAUGGCUCCAAAAAAACGACAUUGUUCUCAUAAAGGCGGAUAAAUCAAAAGGUGUUGUACUCAUAAAACGGAGCUCAUAUAGAGAAAAGCUGCAUGAGUACAUCGAUAGCACCAAAUUUCUUCCUGCCCCAAGUAACUACCUGGAAACCUUACAACAAAGAGUGAGAAAAUUUACCUUAACUCCGUUAGCCGAUUAUCUGGAUAUGAGAGCUGCUACUUUACAAGCUCCCAGGACACCAAGAAUUUUUGCCUUCAGAAAAAUCCAUAAACCUGGUUCCCAGUUACGCCCUGUGGUAGAAAAAUGUAAUGCUCCAACCUUCAGAAUAGAAAAACAACUUGUUAAAUUCAUACAAAGAAAGAUGCAGAUUUCACCUUUUUCGAUAAAAAUCUCGGUGGACUUGAUCCUGAAAUUAGAAAAUGUUGCGCUCAUGAAUGAGGAAUGGAUGACAGUUUUGGACUAUAAGGCGUUAUACCCAUCAAUCAAACUGCCUCCAUGCUUUUGUGCCCUAAGAGAUUUUUUAUUCACUAAUGUUAAUAAUGCUAUCAAAUACCACACACAGAUUUUAGAAUUAGCGGAUUUGAUCUGUCACACUUCCUUUUUUGAAUUCAAAAAUAAAACAUAUCUACAGGGGCGGGGAGUACCGAUGGGUAGCCCCAUGUCGUUGGUCCUCUGCGAGUUGGUACUCCUUAAUCUAGAGAACAAUAUCCUCCCUUCAUUACAACAAGAUAUAUUGGUAUAUGCAAGAUAUGUUGAUGAUGUCUUUAUCUUGUGA